CAUAACAGACAGGAGGAGGCAUGAGGCUGCCGCUGCUGCUUCAACUCCGUUCGCUCAACUCCAAGCCCCACUUCUACUCCUCAACUCUCCUCUCCGCCGGUCUCCGCCGCUUCAUGGCCGCCGCCGCAGAGCAGGUGUCUCCGUCGACCACCCGUCUGGGCUGGAUCGGCACCGGCGUGAUGGGCCGGUCCAUGUGCGGCCACCUGAUCAAGGCCGGCUACACCCUCACCAUCUUCACUCGUACCGCGUCCAAGGCCCAGGGCCUUAUCGACGCCGGCGCCCACUGGGCCCCCUCCCCUCUCGCCGUCGCCGCCCAAUCCGACGUUGUCUUCUCCAUCGUCGGCUACCCCUCCGACGUCCGCCACGUCCUCCUCCACCCCUCCUCCGGCGCCCUCGCCGGCCUCAGCCCCGGCGGCGUCCUCGUCGACAUGACCACCUCCGACCCCUCCCUCGCCUCCGAAAUCUCCGCCGCCGCCGCCUCCAAGUCCUGCUCCUCCAUCGACGCCCCCGUCUCCGGCGGCGACCGCGGCGCCAAGAACGCCACCCUCUCCAUCUUCGCCGGCGGCGACGAGCCCACCGUCCGCCGGCUCACCCCCAUCUUCUCCCUCCUCGGCAAAGUCAACUACAUGGGCGGGCCAGGCAAAGGCCAAUUCGCGAAGCUCGCGAACCAAAUCACCAUCGCCUCGACGAUGGUCGGCUUGGUGGAGGGAUUGAUUUAUGCCCACAAAGCCGGCCUCGAUUUAUCCCUAUAUCUCGACGCAAUUUCCACCGGAGCGGCCGGUUCCAAAUCGCUUGACCUGUACGGAAGCAGGAUAUUGAAGAGGGACUUCGAGGCCGGAUUCUUCGUCAAUCACUUCGUGAAGGAUUUGGGAAUUUGUUUGAAGGAAUGUCAGAACAUGGGUCUUGCUUUGCCUGGACUGGCUCUUGCCCAGCAGCUCUAUCUUUCUCUGAAAGCUCAUGGAGAAGGCGAUUUGGGCACCCAAGCGCUCAUUCUGGCUCUCGAGCGGCUCAACAAUGUGUCACUGGAGUCUGCUGCUUCUUCGGCCGGGCAGGCUUAGAUGCAAACCGGUAAAACUUGCAUCUUGAUUGGAGAAUUUGGACUUACAGUGUGUACUUUUUUUGUUUGUUAAAACAUGUUUUGACUGGUGGGAUUGUAUGGAUCGAAGUUUCCUUUGAUGAACAAGAUAAUCUUCCUGAAAAUACUGUCUUGCAUCUUAUUGGGAUCUUGCAAUGAUGCUAAAUUUGGUCUAGACUUACUGAUGUUUAAAGAGAGUUUUGGCCCUUUGGGGGACUAGAACCAGAAGGGCACGUUUUGUUUUGAAGUUGAAAUUGAAAAGGGUAUCAUAUUCUUGAAAGUUCUCUCUCUCUUUUCUUUUCCUUGGCUGGACUUUGGAUCAUGCAAUGCAAUAUUUAUCAUACAAAAAGGCGAAUGUUACUGUAGAAAUAAAUUGGGAUGGUUAAAACCAUUCCUUAUCGCCAGGCGAAUACGUGUUGAGAACUACCAAGUAGCUAACAUCUUGACUGUACCAGCAGAUCAGAUUGUUACCUUAUUUGCAUUGCAUUGUAUUACUACUACUACUACCACUAGUGGUGGAAGAACGGAUGUAUUCUUCUGCCUAACCGCAGCUGUUUGAGAAAAACAUCCUCAAUCCCUCACUUUUAUUCGUCUUGUCUAAUGAGAAAAUGGAAUAGUUCACUAGUAACAAUACACCUUUCAGACCCAGGGAAACAAAAAAAAAAAAAAAACCAAA